AUGCGAAGGGUUGUCGUGACUGGCCUGGGUGCUGUCACUCCGCUCGCAGCCGGCGUACGGCCGACGUGGCAGCGUCUGCUCAAGUCGCACAGCGGAAUUGUUUCGACUACUUCGAGAGGCUCGCAGUUUGAAGCUCUCCCAAGUCGCGUCGCGGGACUUGUCCCUCAGGGCAGUCGCGACGAUGGCCGAUGGCAGGCCAAAGACUGGCUGACCACGAGCGAAGAGCGCCAAAUGGCUUUGUUCGCCCAAUAUGCUAUUGCAGCAGCUCAAGAAGCCCUAGAUGACGCAGGAUGGCAUCCUACUCAGCAAAAAGACCUCGAAGCGACUGGCGUGGCCAUUGGAUCUGGCAUUGGCAACCUCGACGAGGCAUACAAUACAUCUGUCGCCUUUCAUGAGUCUGGCUAUCGCAAGGUCUCGCCGCUCUUCGUGCCAAGGCUGCUCAUCAACCUCGCUGCCGGGCACGUCUCUAUGAAGCACGGCUUCAUGGGACCGAACCACGCGGCAACAACUGCGUGCACAACGGGAAUACAUGCCAUUGGUGAUGCAUCUCGCCUCAUUGCGUUUGGCGAUGCCGAUGUGAUGGUCGCUGGAGGUGCCGAAUCUUGCAUCCAUCCUCUGGCCAUCGCCGGCUUUGCUCGCGCACGUAGUCUAGCCACGGACUGGAAUGAUAAUCCAUAUGCUGCGUCACGCCCUUUCGACAGUGCAAGGGCCGGUUUCGAACUGGAACAUGCGAAGGCACGAGGCGCAAAUAUAUACGCAGAAAUCCGUGGCUAUGGUCUCUCAGCAGAUGCACACCAUAUGACGGCACCUGAGGAAGAAGGCAAUGGGGCGUUCUUGGCGAUGAAACAAGCCUUGAAGCACGCCCAGCUCAAGCCUAACAAGAUCGACUAUGUGAACGCACAUGCAACAUCUACCAAGCUCGGCGAUGCUGCUGAAAACAAUGCUAUCAAGCGUUUGUUGCUGGGCGAAGAGGGACGAACAUCUGCUGCUCAAGUCAAUGUCUCCAGCACAAAGGGUGCGAUUGGCCAUCUUCUCGGCGCAGCCGGUGCAGUUGAAGCUAUCUUCACCAUACUUGCAUGUCAUGAGAAUGUUCUGCCACCGACACUGAAUCUCGAAAACCCCGGCGAUCCGGCUUCUGACUUCAAUUGCAACUAUGUUCCCCACACUCCACAGCAGAUCGCUGUCAAUGCAGCACUUACGAACAGCUUUGGCUUCGGUGGCACAAACGCAAGCAUCUGUGUAUCGAAAUACAAGUGAUGUGAUGGUCUCGACCUGGAUGUGCUGGCUUUGCUAAUGGUCCACUGUCAAAGCUACCCCACCCAUCCCACGUUAUUGGUGGGAUAUGAGGCGUUAUCUGUGGACCGGCACAACAGAAGAGACUUUCGCUACAAUUCAGUGCCAGCGGCUGUUGCGGCCACCUGCUGCACUACUGCUAAAGAUCAACGCCUCGUGCCACCACCGCGAUGGAAACACAAAGUCUGCUCCCACCUCGCAGCCCAGCCACAGGGCGCACUGCAACCACG